GAGAGAGGACGCGCGCUCUUUUUUUCCCUUCGCUCGUUGGCGCCUCGGAACUCGAGCAUUAUGAGAUGGAACGCCGGCAAGAUCCUGAAGGUCGCCCUCCCGGUCGCUCUCCUCGCCGUCUUCGCCUUCGUCACACAGCCCAGAAACCUGAGUCUCCUGAGGGAGGACCACAACGUCACCCUCGUCUUAUCGGCCAGGCAGAUGAAGGCGAUGAUGGAGGCGAGGCAGCCGAAACAGACGCAGCACGAGACAAAAGUGGACUCAAAAGGGGACACCAGAAAGGAAAAGCCUCUCUUAGCCUCGGAAGACAUCGUGGUGAUUAACAAUAAAGUGUACGAUCGAAAUGAAGUGAACCUGACAGCGUUACAGACACAGACGCAGACGCUGAAGAAGGUUUUAGUCAACAAGAGAGAAAACCGGACACACCUUUGGCCUCCGACGCUCGAGCUCUCAGACGCGGCCUUCCUCGAGCACCUCGACUACUCGAAGUACAGGCCGAAGGAGCGCUCCGUCCUCAGGAGGCGCGUCGGCGUGUUCGUGGAGCGGGCGCGGCGGGUCGGGCGAGUGUGCCGCGCCGCCCCGCCGCCAGCCGCGCCCCCGAACGCAGCCGCUUCGUGUGGGAUCGCAAGCACUCGCCGGGCAUCGUCUUCUGUCCGAAUUACAAGUUUGCGUGAGAGGCCUGAGCAGCUGGGCGUGAAACCCCUUUAUAGUGAACAAGAGGUCGUUGAGACAAGGAGAAAGACCUCGAUAAAACGGCCGAUUUUGGUUUUAUUCACAACAGGUUUACACAGUAGACAAGGAAGUACACAUGGAUAG